AUGGCAUCAUCUCAUACUAACACAAAAAUUAUGGUUCAAAAGAGUAAUAGCAACGGAAUCUCCAAAACUAAAAGAGUCAAUGCAAGUUCUCGAAAUAGAAAGAAUAAUACUACUCCGGAUACUACAGGACGAAGACAUCUUUGGAUUGUAAGGAACGAGAUUUAUAAAUCGCCUCGAAACGUUAAAAAGAAAAUUACUGAAACUCAAUGUCGUAAAUGUCUCGAAAAUGAUGAAAGUAUUGAAAUAAUAGAGACAAAUAUUGAGAGUCUUGAGAAAGCUGUUAAUAAAUUGUCUUCUACUAUAAAUAAGAGAACUAAUUACAGUUUUAUAAACUUUGCACAACCUUUUUCUCAUUUAAAUAUAGAUGAUCUUCUGAAUCUUUCAAUGCAAUUUUCUAUACCAAAUAUAGACGAAAAAAAUAGCGGUCUCCAAAAUCGAGAAUUUUUCCAAACUAAUGAUAUCGAUUUAAGAUUUAAUUCCUUUCAUGAUUUGAAAAAAAUUUACUGA